AUGAGCACCAGCCCGUCUGAUUCUGCAAAGGGAGCAGAGCUCAGCACUCCCAAGGACUGCCUUUCUGCUCCAGUGAAAGGAGCAGAGAUGCUGGGCAGACCCUCUAACCCUGUGCAAAAAGUGCCAGCAGGACUGGAAAAAGAACAAGGUGAUGCAGAGCCUCAGAAGGGACUCUCAGAAUUGGAAGGAGAAAUUCUUUUAGAGGAGGGUGGACUAGAUUGUUCUCUGAAACUUAAGCAAGUAGAGCUGGUUGACCUGGAAAGCAACCACAACUCUUCCUCUCUCAGCAUAGUCCGGGAUGGGCCAGCCCCUGGGAAUGCCAUCCUGCAGGCUGUGGACCUCAGCUCUGAAUUUGCUCAGUGCCAGGCAGAACUGGCUCUUCAUGACUCAGACCCUCAGGCCCAGCAUCUGAAAUGUCCUUUGACUGAUGCUGUUUCCUCUCAGAGAGAGACACCUAAAUGCUUCUUGGUAUGUAAAACCAUUUCAGAGGGUCAUUAUAAGGCUGAGCCAUUUCUGGAUAACAUCUCCAUGGAUACUUUGCAAGAGGUUGAUACUGGUGCAGAGCAGAAGCAAAGCAGCAAAAAAGUGUCACCAGCAACUGAUGAGCAACCUACCUCAGAGGAAGCAGUAGAGGACAUGGUUAAACCUUACACUUCUGAAGAUGCAAAGGAAAGCAUAAGAGCACUCCAGGGUUUGGAAGAGAAUACAGAGUCUUCCUCUUCUCAUCAAUUGUCUUCCACCUCAACAGAUGACAGCCAAAUACGUUCACUACAAGCAGAAGGUAACAUCUCAGCUGGUGAAACAAAGAAUAGCAGCAGGGUCAAAGACCAGGGAAGAGUAAUGGUUCCUGAAGAAAACUCAUCCACUUCCAAAUGCCUUCAUCUUGAAGGUGAUCACAGAAAAACAGAGGGCAGACCUGCCUCUCCAGCAGAGAGUGCCUUCCAAGUAAAAGAUACUGCUAAAAAAGUUGAAGAAGUGAAUACUUCACAGCAUAGGGAACCAGCACAGGAGGAGGUAGCGUCUGAACUUCAACAAGAAGAGGAGAAGAAAGAGUGCAAAGAGCAGAAUCUGCUGGAAGAAGGAAAAUCUUUGGAGCCUAAAGAUCAGAAAAAGAAGGACCAAAAUGAGCAGGAACAACAGCUGCAGAGGGAAGAGCUCAAACUGGAGGCUCUAUCAUCAGCUUUUGUGUCAGAGAGAUCUUCUGUUCCUAGGCGUAGUGUGGACUUGGGUGGUUUGGAGAAUAUUUUUUUGUCUGAGCAAACAGGGUCAACAUUUCUUCCUGGAGAACCUGUCUCUGUGGAUCAGCAUCUUGGUGAGGAAAUAUUGAUGAAAGCUCAUGUCACAGAAGCGGGCUUUGGAUGUCAGCCACCUGCUGUCAGCCCUCUGUCUUCAAAUAACCUGAACCCAGUGGGUGAAACUCCAGUGGCACCUCCACGCACAUGCCAUAUCUCUGACCAGGCAGAAGACCUAGAAGACUCUGGCCGCUUUUCUAACGGUGGUGAGGAUAUUGGAGAAGCUGACUGGGAUGACAGGACAAGACGGGGCAGGGAGGAUGAACACAGUGAUGGGCAUGGACAUGCUGUCCAGAGGUUUGAUAAAACAUCAGUCCAUGGAGGAGUGGCAGCACCUUCUAGCACCGAGAACCCAGAGGCUUCUGUUCUAGCACACCCUUCCUCUAGUACCAAGAAUUUGGAGCCACCUGAUCCUGUAGAUCGUCAUCCCAUUACAAAAAAUUUGGGAAACACUGAGCUUCAGGACUUCGUUCCAGCUUUACCCUUGGAGCUCACAUUUGUGCCUUCAAUGUCUGACCCACAGCAAGAGGUUGCUAAUGAAACAGCCUCUGUGACCCCUGAGGACUGUCCUGCUGCCAACCUGAACAAACUGCUAGACUCUGGAGAGAAGCUAGCCAACCAAGCUGCUUCUGUACAAGUGCGGGACCCAACAUCAGGGGAAACUGCUAUUGUAAGUACUGAUUCAGGGGAGGUCAGUGCUUCCCACGAACUCCUUACUUCUGAGGAAGGCUGUCAUGAAGACCUUAGUGGCCCGUCUUCUUUCUCUGUAGUAUACAUGAACUGUCUUCCUGUAGAAGGGAGCCUUCCUGAGGAUAGGAGGACUGUGGCUAUCACUGCUGGGCCUUUGGAACCACCCCAAACGCUAGGCAGGACUUCCACUCCCCUGAACCACCCAGAGACAAUUCAGCAAAACUCCCCAGAAACAAGUGCCAUUAUCCAUGGAAAAGAAAUGGGAUCAAAUCAUGAAGCACAACAAAUGCCUUUACUCGAUCAGUCUGACUGCAGUUUAAACCAAAAAGAGCCUGGAUCCAGAAUCUCCAGUGUCCUGAGCACCCUAACUUGGCCCUCUGAAGAAGAUAGGGUCCUUGCUGUGAACCAGCAAAAACAACCAGUGUCCCCUGUGUCCCACUCAAGCCUACCUCUGCUGUCUGAGCCUGAUGCCAAACAGCUUCCUCAUCCUCCUCCUUCCCAUGUCCAAAGCCCCAGUCAAGCUCAGGCCCCUGCACUUAAUGCAAAUCACCUUGCUCAACCUGCAGCCCUUGAAAACUGCCAGCUGCUGGCUCCUGUACCCUGCUCCAGGCCACAUCUCAACUGUGGUAUGGACAAUAGUAAGUUACUAGCCAUUCACCCUACUAUAAGCCAUCCUCUCUGGACUGCCGCCUCCAUGUCUGAUUCUAACACUGUCGCCUCUGCUUCUGAUGGAGAAGAUGUAGCAGAGAAGGAUGACCUUGUUGAAGUAACUAGAGAGUGGGAUCUUGGUGACUCAGGUACCCGUGGUACAGAGACUUCUCAUGAUUCAGGGGUCAAUUUGUUGGCCAAAAGCUCUUCUGCUGGAAAUGAAGCAUUGGCUGGCUGCUCUGACACCAGCCCUGAAACAGUGGACCAGCACAUGGAUAUAGAGUGUGGAAAAUCCUCACCUGACCACCCUUCCUGGCCCUCGCUGGAAGGCCUGAUAACAUCCACAGACUCCAAGAGCAGAGACUCUGCACAGCCACUUCCAAUGCUAGCAUUCACCAAUCCAAUUCACUUCCUCCAGCUCAGCCCUCCAUCCCCACCAACCACCAGAACGACCUGCCAAGAUGAGGAAGUCUUGGGGGAGCUGCGAUGGGAGCAACAGGAAGGCAUCUUCAGUGUGGACACAAAGAACGUCCAAGCUCCAUUGGCAAUCACAGAGAAAACAGAAGGUGAGAGGAGAGUCAAACAAAGGCUGGAAGGAGAAGGAGGAGAACACCACUUGGUAGCUCAGCCACAGGAGGAAAUGCCCAGACAUUCACCCUUGGAAAAAUCAUCAAGUUGGCCAGACAAAAAAACAAUCAGGGUAGUUCCACAGGAGCCAGCAGCCAAUCAAGAAAACCCAAUUAAACGCCGAGUAAAAAGCAAGGACUGGCACCGUCAGGGCCUGAAGAGGAUAUCAGUACCACCAGACAUCUUGCAGGAAAUUCCUUCUAUUCCUUCAGAGGAAGAAGCUCACAAAGCACACAGGGAACCACCAGUGAGUUCAGAAACAGUCAUAUUGCGAGAGAAGAAACCUGCAGAUGCAAUGGAGAACUUCAAACGCCGGCACUCCAAACUGAUCAACUCCUCAAGAUUGCUGUAUCAGGAGUACAGUGAUGUGGUUCUGAACAAGGCCAUUCAAAGCCAGAAGAGAGUGGAUUCUUUCGCAGAGGAUAUAGAGUCAAGUUUCCCAAGCUCACCAAGGCUACGGAGGAAAGUGCUGUCUCCCCAGGACUCAUAUUUGCAACGUCUUUCGGUCUCAUCUAAUGCAUCCCUCUGGCAGGACAUCCCCAUGAUACGGGGCAGCAGAAUGCUACUCAAUAUGUCCCGUGAUGAGCAGAAGCUGCAGGAGGCCAAGUUUGAGUUGAUAAUGUCUGAGGCUUCGUACCUGCGCAGUUUAAAUGUGGCAGUAGAUCACUUCCAGCGAUCAGCAGAGCUCCAGUCAAUGCUCACCAAUCAAGAGCGUCAGUGGCUUUUCUCCCGCCUUCAUGAUGUACGCGAUGUCAGUGCCAGUUUCCUCUUUGACUUGGAGGAGAAAUUUGAGGAGGACAUGUUCACCUUCCAUGUGUGCGAUGUGGCUCUGAAACAUGCCCCCGAGUUCCGCAGGGUGUAUCUACCAUAUGUAACAAACCAGACAUAUCAGGAGCAAACCUUCCAGCGGUUACUAAAUGGAAACGCAGGGUUCCAGCAAGUCCUAGAGAGACUGGAAAGUGAUCCAGUAUGCCAGCGCCUCUCACUUAAAUCCUUCCUCAUCCUCCCUUUCCAGCGCAUCACUCGACUCAAACUCCUCCUACAGAAUAUCCUGAAGAGAACUCCACCGGGGUCUGAGGAGGAAGUGCAAGCAACACAGGCCUAUGAUGCACUUGAAAAG